AUGAGAUCCGUGACCUCCACUGACCUCAUGAAAAGUGUCAGUCAGCAGUUAAAGUAUCCCACGGGUUGCGUUCUUCAAGAAGGUGUUAUUCAAUGCUCCCAAACAGUGUCAGUAAAGCAAUAUCAGAUAGCAUUGAAUAAGGCAGCACCUACACUUCAGAAUCGUCCAGAUGAACUAUACUCGUUAAUCAUGCAACAACCCGCACAGGUCGUCUUUCCUGUUGCUGCGCCCUGUUAUGGCAAUCCAUCGCAGCAAGGUUCAAGUGCUGUGGGAACACACACAUUUCGAGGGGAAAAAUGCGAUCCUCGAGGUCGUAUGUAUUCCAACAUCACAAAAAAACAGCGCGAGAAGACACUUUUAUCUACCGCUGCUCUGGAUGUAAACAACAAAAGGGAAAAUUCACAUCGACACAACCCAGAUGACGCAUUAUGGCUGUCAGAGGAUCAUUCUGAUACUAGCAGAGAUGCGAUCGAAGAAGAGUUUAUAUGUAGAACUCUCAAACCAAGAACUCAAAUGAAACUUCCUAGAUUUUGGGGAGAUGAAGAAGAAUUUCCAAAGUUCUGGGCAGUCUAUGAAUCACUGGUACAUCAGAAUAAAGUACUCAGUACAGUUGAGAAAAUACUUCUUUUCAAAGAUAGUCUCCGAGGAAGAACAGAAAUGUCCAUUAAAGCGAUAGAACUAAUUCCUGAAAAUUAUAAAUGGAUAGUUGAAACUAUAAAGAAAGAAUAUGGUAAGAAACCUAUAAAUAGAGCAAAGAUAGCGCAGAAACUAAUCGAUCUUCCAUCUGCAAAGAAUAAUGCUGAGAAUUGCCCAUAUAUUUUCGAUAAAAUAAGGAUGUUGGUUAACCAAAUAGUAUCGGCGGGCCAGGAUAUACCCAAUACAGAGGAUGCUAUGUGGACAGGAAGAAUACUAGAGAAGUUUCCGUACAAUAUCGUGAAAAAUGUCCUUAUAUCUAUCCAAGAAAUGGAAGAUGUGAAAGUAGAAAACGUAAUGGAGCAACUCGAAAAAGAGAUCAACGCUAAAAAAAAUUGUCGAAUCAAGAUUAAAAGGUCGUUUUAA